AUGGCCCAGAGGACCAGCCAGACUGUCUCUUUCAUGGUCCAGGAGCUCAGGGGAUUGGUGGUCUACAGCUCAGAAGGCUCAGCAAAAUAUUCCCUCUCCAUUGAAGAUGCUGAUGAAUUUUGUCUCCAAGUCACCUAUGAUUAUCAGCACAUCUUAGUUAGGUUUGUGAUCAGUUUCUUCCUCAUCAGCAUCUGUAGAUGGAGAGUAAACUUGAAUGACAGUUAUACUGAUAGGCUUUCCAUGAACCGCCUCGACCGAAUACCUUCCCAGGCUGGGCUGAGUGAGGGCGUUGCCGGCCAGCAGCAUGUGCUCUGUCUGCUUCAGCACAGCUGCCCCUUGUUGACGCCCUCUCUGGCAGCAGAGGGGAAAACAGUCAAAUCCAGCCUCAGAAUCCCAAGGAGCCACCACAGCACGCUGCAAGAAAGACUGCCAACAAUCAUCAAUGCCCCCAACCCGCUCAGCCAUUCAGGGACGCUGCUUCCCUCAGGUCGGGUCACCCCAACUUCCCCACCCACCCACUUGUGUACACCUUUCACUACAGGCUGGAACGGCAGGCACAGUCAGCCAGCACUUGACAGUGGGACUCCUGUACCUCCAUCUGCUGCCAGGCUCCUGGCUGGGAGGCUGCUCCGGAAUCAAUGGAAUAACAUACGCAGUGAGAGAAAAAAUAAAAAGAAGAAACCUUCUGCCAAACAGCCAAUAUUUGAUGAAGGGCAGCUCUUCAGUAUUGGUGAACCUCUCAGAGAUGUAACGCAGGAGGAUGUUGAGAAAAAACAUAAGAGCAGUGGAGAGAGUACAAAGAACUGCACAGUUGAGCUGAAGAACCAGCCACGUGAGUCUCAGUUACCAAGAAUUGAUCAACAUCAACUAGCACCUCCUAUUCACACUCCUUCAGAGGACGUGGUACAAAGCCAGCUGACAACACCACAACUAAAUAACAUCCCAGGUCAAAGGAAGCAUGAGAGUCUUUUUAAACACAAUCUGGAAGAAGGACUCCUGAGAAGAAUAGCACAGCGAAAAGUCCGCCGGCACGUCUUUGGUGAAAUCAACGCCCAAAAAGUCAAUCAGUUUGGGACGGCCUGUUCAGCUUUUCAUGCGCUAGCAACUACAGAGAUGCAAAAUUUCACGUUACCCAGUGACCUACCCAUGACUUCACGGAUGUUGAGCAAAGGAAUAGUCUGCACCACAGAAUCCGAUUUAAAAUCUUUGCAACUGACUUUCCCAGAGUUAGAUGGGGAAGAGUCUGCAGAACAUCCCACACCAGGUGACAAAAAGAAUUCACCAGAGCAAACAAAAAUGCCUCCACUGCCUCCACUGAUUAAACCUUCCAGAUCUAGGCUAUCCCAGAUUAAAACAGUUAAGAGCUGUCAUCUUCCCUCAGUUCCCACAGUAGUUGCAUCUUCAUCAUUAAAGUGGGGGAAAUACUAGUGUAUUCUUGAUGUUUUUA